CGACCGGCAUCAUACUACAGUAAGUAAUUAAUGUUUAUAUUAAAUAACAUGUAAAUAUUUAAUCAAAAUAACUCUGUUGAACACAGUCUGCAAUCGUGCAUGCCUUGUCAGUUAUUUUUUGUAUUAGGUAGCUGCGAAACGUUUAUCAAGGAUCAUUUGUAGUUCUUCGUUCGGUAUAGACUAGGCAUGGUUAUUUCAAUUGAAGCGUUCGCGUAGCGCGGCUGUGAUUGGCACACAUUUAUUAAAUCAUCAAAUUCUCAAGAGAUUGUAAUCAAGCGUACCUAGUCGUCGUGAGAAUGUUUUCUGUAAACUUCGCUUGGGGAAGCAGUCUUGUGUGAUCGACCGUCAGAGUGUGGUGUAGACGACAUUUUACGAAACAAUCCUCAUAAAAAGUGCAUUAAUAAAUCUGUUAAAAAACAUGUACUUACGUGGUAUACUGUGGGUCCUGAUCCUGGUCUUAUUAAAUUCAUCGUUUGAAUACGAACCCUCACAUCAAUGGAGUAAUAAACAGAUGUUCCCGCCACAUUUUAUACCUGAAAAUGCUCUUCACCCCCAAAGGUCGGUGGUCCGAAGAAAAAUAGUUCUAUACCACAAUUUCUUCAGAACUAAAGUUCGUCCAACUGCUGCAAACAUGUUAUUAAUGACAUGGCAUGCAGGCGCUGCCCGUCAAGCGCAGGCAUACGCCGAGAAGUGCAUGUUUCUGACGCACAACGAUGUUAGAGAAAAUAACGUUCCACACCUCGGCACCUGCGGGCAAAACCUUUUUGUGGCUGCGCAGAAAACACCUUGGUUCUUCGCUAUUAAGACAUGGUUCCUUGAAUAUCGAAACUUCACGUAUGGAGAUCCUAGGUACAACCUGAAGCAUAUUGGCCACUACACUCAGAUGGUGUGGGCCACCAGCCAUAAGGUCGGCUGUGGGGUGGCGCACUGCAAGGGAGGCCCUUGGGGACAGUUCUAUAAUUACGUGUGCCAUUAUUGUCCAGGCGGCAACUACCACAGCAUAACGCAUUACCCCUACAAAAUCGGUCAGCCGUGUGCAGAAUGUCCUGAUCACUGCUUAUCUGGGACUCUGUGCACUAACUCCUGCUCUAAAAUGGACUUCUAUUCAAACUGUGCAGAUCUUGUGAGUAUAACGCAAGACGUGUGCAGACAAGGCGUGUGUAAUGCGACUUGUAACUGUGCAGAGGACAGAAUUCACAGAAAUUAUCCGUGGAGAUAAAAGUACGAAGAUUAUUUCAUUUUGAAAAUAAUUACCCUAUAGCUAUGUAACCAUCUGUAGGUCAUUGUCAUGUAAGCCUUGAAUUUCUGUAAAUAAAUAAAUAUUACGAUAG